AUGGCUCUAAAAUUGCAUGCCGCAAUUAAUUUAAGCUUGCAAUUGAGCCCAUCUCCCACAUUAUUUGCACCAUCAUUUUCUAAGCCUCAAAAACUCCUCAAAUCAUCAGUCAAAAUUACCACUCAUGUUUGUCAAUCCUCACUAGUUGAUGAACAACAACAACAAAUUUCAUUCAAUGAGCAAGAAAAUCAGCUGAUAAAUGCCCUUAUUGGAAUCCAAGGCAGAGGAAAAUCAGCAUCACCCCAGCAACUCAGUGAGGUGGAACAUGCAGUGAAAGUUCUUGAAGGUUUACAAGGAGUAUCUGAACCUACAGACUCAGAUUUAAUCGAAGGUCGGUGGCGAUUAAUGUUUACAACUAGACCUGGGACAGCAUCUCCAAUUCAGAGAACAUUUGUUGGUGUUGAUUUCUUUAGCGUAUUUCAAGAGGUAUACCUUCGGACAAAUGAUCCUCGUGUGUCCAACAUUGUAAACUUCUCAGAUGCUAUAGGCGAGCUAAAAGUGGAGGCAGCAGCAACAAUUGAAAAUGGAAAAAGAAUCCUUUUCCAAUUUGACAGAGCAGCCUUUUCUUUCAAAUUUUUACCAUUUAAGGUUCCAUAUCCGGUUCCGUUUAAGCUUCUUGGUGAUGAAGCAAAGGGUUGGCUGGACACCACAUACUUGUCUCCAUCUGGAAACCUUCGCAUCUCGAGAGGCAAUAAGGGCACCACAUUUGUGCUGCAAAAGAAAACUGAACCUAGACAAAGAUUGCUGUCAGCAAUUUCCACAGGAACUGGAGUUCUAGAGGCAAUCAAUGAGUUCAUAAAGUCAAAUGAGAACGUCGAAAAAGAUGAAAUGGAACUACUCGAUGGAGAGUGGCAGAUGAUAUGGAGUUCGCAGAUGGAGACAGAUAGUUGGAUAGAGAAUGCUGGCAAUGGUCUAAUGGGCAAGCAGAUUGUCACAAAGAAUGGACAAUUAAAGUUUAUCGUCGACAUCUUGCUUGGACUCAGAUUCUCCAUGACAGGAACAUUUGUGAAAUCAAGCCCCAACACAUACGAUGUUAAAAUGGAUGAUGCAGCCAUCAUUGGUGGCAUGUUUGGACUCCCAGUAGAGAUGGAAACCAAGAUUAACCUAGAGUUGCUAUACAGUGAUGAUAAAAUCAGAAUUAGUCGAGGGUACAAAAACUGUGUGUUUGUGCAUGUUCGAACUGAUGGAACAAAGCAGAAAUAA